UCGGGGUGGCCCUUGGGAGGCAGCCUCUCCAUAUGGAAUCUAAGGCUUACAGGUGGUCACUGCUACCCAGCCCCCUGCUAGUGUUUCUACCUGCCCAGCAGGGAACGAUGGUGAGGCUCCUGGUCCUCCGUCUGCCUGCCCUCCCUGUCUGCCUCGCCGUGGUCCAGCUGCUCAGCCCCUGCUCAGCUCAGUUUGCUGUGGUUGGACCCCGUGCACCCAUCCUGGCCAUCGAAGGUGAAGACGCUGAGCUGCCCUGUCACCUAUCCCCAAAGAUUAGCGCUGAGACCAUGGAGCUGAUGUGGGAGCGAGCCAGCCCCAGGCAGGUAGUGCACACGUACGCACACGGGCAGGAGGAGACGCCGGCAGCAGAGUAUCAAGGGAGAACUUGGAUUUUAAGAGAGGACAUCACUGCGGGGAGGGCUGCUCUCCGGAUUCGGGACAUCAGAGCCUCUGACAGAGGAACAUACCUGUGUUAUUUCCAACAUGGAAACUUCUAUGCAAAAGCCCAGGUGGAGCUGAAGGUUGCAGCGCUGGGCUCUGACCCCCACGUUGACAUGAAGGGCUACGAGGCUGGAGGGAUCCGUGUGGAGUGCACGUCUGCCGGCUGGUACCCGCAGCCCCAGAUCCAGUGGAGAGACGCCAGCGGACACAGCUUGUCUGCUGAGGUGGCCACAGAGGCUGCAGACCCCCAGGGCCUCUAUGCAGCCUCAGCCUCUGUGAUCCUGGAGGACAGCUCUGGGGAGGGGGUCUCCUGUGUCAUUAGAAACCCCCUGCUGGGCCAGGAGAGGUCAGCCAGGCUUUCCAUCCCAGGCCCCUACUUCCGGAACGCGCAGCCCUGGGUGGUGGCCCUGGGCGUGACCCUGCCGACUCUGCUGGGGCUCCUGGCGGGGGCGGGGUACUUCCUGUGGCGACAGCAGAAGAAGAUCCAGGCCCUGUCCCAGGAGAAGGAGAGGGAGCGAGUGGAGAAAGAAGCAGCUCAAGCGGAGAAAGCAGCAGCUCAGGCGGAGAAAGAAGCAGCUCAGGCGGAGAAAGCAGCAGCUCAGGCCAAGGAGCAGCGGGAGCGAGGCGCCAAAGAGAAGCUGCAGGACGAACUCAGGUGGACAAACAUCCCGUACCUACCAAGUGAGGAGCGGUCUCAGGUCUAUGCAGAGUUGAAGGCAGCAGUCUUCCAGCCUGCGGAUGUGUUUCUGGAUCCAGACACGGCACACCCCAGACUCCAUGUUUUUGAGGACAAGAGGAACCUGCAGUGGGCAGACAUACAGCACAAGGUGCCAGAAAACCCCGAGAGAUUUGUCCGGGAGUACUGUGUUCUGGGCUGUAAGAAAUUUACAUCUGGGAGACAUUUCUGGGAGGUGGAGGUGGGGGACAGAAAAGAAUGGCGUGUUGGGGUGUGCAGGGAGAAUGUGAUGAGAAAAAGAGGUGUUGAAAUUGCCCCUGAGAAUGGAUUCUGGACAGUAGAGCUGGUCCUUGCCAAUGACUACGUGGAUGUCACAUACCCGGAGAGCACACUGACCGAUGUGAACCCCCCUGAGAGGGUGGGGGUUUUCCUGGACUAUGAGCUGGGGCAGGUCUCGUUCUACAAUGCCCUCAAUGGGUCUCCCAUCUUCACCUUCCCGCACACCCGCUUCUCUGGGCCUCUGAGGCCUGUUUUUGGGAUUUGGACAAAUGAGCCCACUCCCUUGACCAUUUGCCCAGCGCAGAAAGAAGUGAGGAGAACCCUUCUGCCUGACCCAGGGCCUGACCCUUCCCUGGAGACCCCAGUGUCCCCAGGCUCAGCUGGUGGGAAUGGGGACUCUCAGGCUGAAGAAACAUCUAUGCUUCUCGGUGCCCCACCUGGAGCUGAGGGCCUCCUGGACAGCUAA